AUUGAAGUGACAUGCCUGUUUGUUCAUUCGUUGUCAUACUUUCAAUCCUUGUUACCACGGCUGGGAUGCCUCUUGUAAAGAAAGUUGCCCAUGCUGCAGGGUUAUCUGGGGCUGCGAAUCAGGGACUGGGCGUUGGUCAUCCGCCCGUCACCUCCCUUCUGGUCGGCCCCUCCACCGCUAAGCCCAGACCCAGUCUCGGUGAGAGAGAUACACCGAGACCAGCCCUCGGUGAGCUGCCUUAGCGCGCCAGCCUUACCACGGAGCAGCUUUCCCC